AUGUCAUUUGAUCUUUCCUUGCCAGGCAUUACAGUCAGUAUUGAGUCUCCUUCACAAUAUCAACAAAUCUUAAUUUCAACAGGGAUAUGCAUGGGAUCACACCAAGUCAAGACUGUGGUGCCCUGGGGCGAUUUGGUUAAGAACCAGUCCAACUUUUUUGACAGCACUUACUGGCUUGCCAAUGUACAGUUGGUGGAGCCAUCAAAGAUGGACAAAGCAGAUGUCACUACUCUAUUGGAUUUCUGGCAUCACCAACAGGAAAAGAAGCUUCGUCCCACCUUCUGUUUCAAAGCAUGGAAAGACAGUGAUGGUGACAUGGAGAUGCCGGCAAAGUCAUUCCUGAAAACAUUGUGGCGAGCUACUCAGCAUGCCAAAGACCAUGGUGCUCGAAAGGCCAGACGUGACACAGGACACCAAUACAAUGAUGAGCAAAGCACUGAUGGGGGACAGGUGGAGGAGGAGGAUCGUAAAUCUACCAACGAUGAUGAGGAGAGAGCAUCAAUUGUCUCCAAUGACAGAGAAGAACCAUCACCUCCAACAGUAACUAUGAGAGGAUGCCAUUCGACCAACACAUCUAAUGAGGCGAUACAGCCUGCCAGGUCAAACAUGAUCAGGAAAUUGGCAGUUGCUCUGAAGACACCGCAGGCAGCGCCGAAAUCAGCGGGUACAAAUACCUGA